AUGGAUGUCUCCGCGUCCUGUCCAUCGGGCUCGCUGUCCCCCUCGCCGGCGUGCUCGUCGCCAGGCGGCUCCGCGUCGCAAGGCAGUCCAGGCGCACUCAGCACGGCCAGCAGCGUGGGAAGCAAAGUGGAGGGGGCAGGGCGGACUGCGGCGGUGGAUCCUGUAGACCGCGCGCGAAUGCCGCGAGAGAAAGACGCGCGGGGCGGCCUCGCGGCGCUGCGGAGUCGCAGCGAGAGCCGCAGCAGCUCUCGGCGAAACGGCUGCGAGCCCAAAAGCGCAGACGGCGACUCAGAGGCGGGAGCGCGAGACGACGCGGAUGCGGCGGAGCCUGAGCGAGGGAAUGACAGCAAACAAGCCAGUGGGGCGCCUGGCACAUGCGCGGCUGCGUGGCGAUUCUUCCGGCUCCGUGCGGACGUUUUCAUUUCCUCUGUGGCAGACGGCGCGGGAGGACUGCAUGCGGACGAAGCCAUGUGCGCCUGGGCCUUCGACAUCCUUAUUGCACACCUCGAGGGCCGCGAGCCGCGGCCAGAGCCGCCUGCGUCGGUUCAGAGUCUGAGCGCGAGGGGCGUUUCCUGUCCCGCCUUCGUCACGUGGAUGAAGCGCCGAAAAGGCUCCUGCUUCUCUCGCAGGGAAGCGGACUUGCGCGGCUGCAUCGGCUCGCUCUCGCCGAUCCCGAUUCUGGACGUCGGCGACUACGUGCUGACGAGCGCGCUGCGAGACCGGCGGUUCAAGCCGAUCUCGCUGAAGGAGGUUCCGCAGCUCAAGUGCCAUGUCUCUCUUCUUCAUUCCUACGAGACGGCAGCCACCGCGCUCGACUGGGAUGUCGGCGUCCACGGCACGACGAUCUCGUUCUGCGGCGAGCGCGGAGAAAAAUACUCGGCGACGUACCUGCCAGAAAUCGCAAAGGAGAUGGGAAUGACGCAGCGCGAGGCGAUCGCGUCUCUAGUGAAGAAGGCGGGCUAUCCGGGCGCUUUGACUGACGACCUGCUAGAGCGAAUCUCGCUGACACGGUACCAGUCGAGUCAAGCGCGCCUCGACUACGACACAUACAUGGAGAAAUACAACUCCAACAGCCGCCGGCGCAGCGCGCGAGACGAGGCUGCGCACUGA